AGAAUAUCAAACUUGGGAAAUUACAGUGUUGUAAUUCAACUGCGUCGGCUUUGCACUAAACAGACAUAAUUCUGUAUAGGACAGCGUUAGACGUUAUUAAAAUUGAGUUUCAUGUCAAGGUGAAAAACAGAAAGCAGAAGAAACAGAGCAUAAUCUAGAUCUAGGCAUAAUGACAUCCAGGGUUUUUUCAUUGAAGCUAGAUGCGAAAGGUUUUAAUGAUUGUCAGAUAUCAGAUGCCGCUGGAACGUCAGCUAGUCGCACUUGUUCGACCCCAAAGGAAGUUCCGCUGUUCAGGAAUUGUUCCAUUCGACAAAUAGCUUGUGGCUUGCAGCGGACUGUUUUUGUUUUAAGUAAUGGAAAAGUUUACACUCAUAAUGGCAAUCAAGGUGAUGUCAUACCAGAGCUUGUUUCUUCGCUGGAGAAAUUCUUCAUUGUGCAGGCUGCUUGUGGGGAUGCACAUAGUGUGGUCUUAAGUAAUAAAGGUCAUGUAAUGAGUUGGGGUAAAGAUUUACAUGGUCAGUGUGGUCAUGGUACAGUGAACAUCGACAGACCGAAACCAAGGGUUAUACAUUCUCUAUCUAAGGAGUUCAUCGUCCAAGUCUCCUGUGGAUCAGGACACACACUGGCUCUUGCAAAAAGUGGCAAACUGUUUGCUUGGGGUGACAACAGCAGCUUCCAGCUUGGAUUCAAUACACCUGAGCACACCCUUGCUGUACCAACUGAAAUUGCAUGCUUGACUGGUCUGCCAAUCAAGCAAAUAUCCUGCGGAGGUGAUCACUCCCUCGCUCUGACGUUUAGUGGUGCUGUCUUCGGCUGGGGAUACAAUGAAUCUGAACAACUUGGAAAAUAUGAUGAAAAAGAUGCGGUCAUGCCGAAAAGAAAACAUAAAGGUCCUCGGGCUAAACAGUCAUCAACACAAACACAGCAACAAAUGUUGAAUGAAUUGUUGAAAGAUUCUGGAACCAAACGAGCAAGAGACUACCCUGCAUCAUCUAUUGAAAUGCCAGAGAUAGAGUACGUAAAGGAGGGAACGACCAAACGGAAUACUUAUGUAGGAAGAGAAACAGCACAGACAGCUGCAGCAGCAAGACAAAAGGCCAGAAAAGAAUCAUCCAUUGUAAAUGGAGUUUCAGUAACUACGGUUCCACAUGAAAUUAAAUUUCUGCGAGACCAGCAAAUUUCUUACAUUGCAUCUGGACAGAACCAUUCAGUGUUUCUUUCACUGAAUGGUAAGGUUAUUAGUUUUGGAAAGAAUUCUGAGGAUACUGUUGAUAGCUGGUCAAAAAGAUGUGUAGAACUAACAGAAGCAGACAAAAAGAUAAUAUGUGGGAGGCUGCACACCUUGGCCUUUAUACCCUCCAGCAAAAAUCUUUAUAUAUUUGGUGCAAAAUCAUCGGACGACCCCAAAUUCACCUUACAGGCAUGCCACGAAUCAUUGUCAAAGCAAUACUAUGGCAAUACUGCAGUUGCUAAUGAGAGUGCUGUUGUUAACAACAUUUAUUGCGGUGGACUUACCUGCUACUUUGUCAUAUCGGAAUCACUGCCAACCAUACAGGGCAGUUUUAGACAGGAAUACACCUCAGAUCGAGUGAUUUAUCAACUGGAUGAGAAGUCCAUAUCAAGGCUCACAACCGUACGCUCACAGGCUUCUCGAAAAGGUGUUGCGAAAGCCAUUAGCCGUUUGUUCUCAUCAUCGGCAUGCUUGAAUAGAUCAUUCCUUACAAGUGAUCAUUAUUGCUGCAGUGAAAAGAACCCAGGCCUUGAUCUCGACAGAGCAAGGAAAGCCUUUGAAACACUCUCCCGCAAGCAUACUAUCCUGUCACAGAUUUCUGAGGUAAUACAUAAACAGCUGAGUCCAACUUUAUUGAAGUCACCUCCUGGUAUAGAAGCACUUAGACUUUACUUGUUACUACUGGAAUUUCCCACAAUGGGAUUCCCUGAAUCGUAUCUUCAAUCCAUCGUUAGCAUCACUAAAGCAUUGUGCAGUCUUACACCUGAGAUGUCGAAAGUGAUUGAUUCCUGGAUUGGAAAUUUUCCGCCUGAUCGUCUGGAACAUCUUAUAGCUGUUUUUAAAAAUGUGAUUGUGGAUUUGGUGUCCAAGCAACGGGAAAAACUAAUGUUUUUGAACUUCUCAUAUGAAAGGGAAAUGACAAUUGCUUUGGAUAUGCUCAAGAAACUCUACAAGAUCAGUGAAGACAAGGAGAUUGUUCCAUACACAUCAUUCUACAUUCCUGAGGCUAAUUUAUUCUCAUACGUGUUGGAAGGGACAUUUCAUCCGGGUGCAUUGCGAAUGAUGAUGAAGUUCUUUGAACAUCCAUUUAUUUUGGAGAAUGAUGUGAAGAUGCAACUUUUACUAUUUGAUAGCCAGAUAGAGAAAGUGAAUACAAUAAGUGAGGAAUUCCGCAAAGGUUUUCUGCUAGCUUGCAUGGGCUACAUGAACACAGAAUUUUGCCCAAUUGUAGUUUUGACCAUUAACAGGGGAGACAUUGUAGGAAGUACUCUCAGGCAGCUUAAGAGCCAAUCAGAUGAAGACUUUAAGAAAAUUUUGCAGGUGAAAUUCAAAGAUGAACCAGGAGUGGAUGAUGGUGGUCCUAUGAAGGAGUUCUUUUUGCUGAUUUUUCAACAAAUUCUUGAUCCGCAAUUUGGGAUGUUCAAGGAAUUUAGCAAAUCACGAGCAAUUUGGUUCAAUCCUCAGGAGUUCUUUUUGCUGAUUUUUCAAGAAAUUCUUGAUCCACAAUUUGGAAUGUUCAAGGAAUUUAGCCAAACACGAAAAAUUUGGUUCAACGACCAGUCUAGUAAAGAUAAAUCAAUGUUCCGAUUGGUUGGUGUACUUUGUGGUUUGGUGAUCUACAAUCAAGUUAUUGUGGACAUGCCCUUUCCUCUAGCACUCUACAAAAAACUUCUAAAAAGGCCAGUACAUCUGUCAGACUUCAAAGAACUAGAUGAGACGAUGGCAGGAUGCUUGCAAGAUAUCCUAGAUUAUGAAGAUUUUGACCUACAGGAUGUAUUUGACUUGUACUUUCAAGUAUCCACAGAAUGCUGUGGAGAGGUACGCAUAGUUGACCUCAAAGAAGGAGGAAAGAACAUUCCUGUCACCAUUGAUAAUAAGCAGGAGUAUGUGGACCUGUAUAUUCACUAUUUCUUCAAUGAAUUGGUGAAGGACCAAUAUAAUGCUUUUGAAGAGGGGUUCUUUCAGGUCUGCGAUGGAAUAAAGCUGCAGCGUUUUCAUCCUCAGGAGCUUAUAGCUCUCGUGGUUGGCAAUAACAUUUAUGAUUGGGAAGAAUUUGAACAAUUGGUUGAAUACAGAGGCAUCUUCAGCAAGGAACACAAAACUAUUAAAUUCUUCUGGGAGGUUUUCCAUGACUUCACAUUGCAGGAAAAGAAGAAAUUUCUAGCCUUUCUAACAGGUAGUGAUCGGAUCCCAGUGCAAGGCAUGUCUCAACUACAUGUGAGAAUCCAGCCAGUAUUUGGCAGCACAGACUUCUUACCAGUAGCUCAAACCUGCUACAACAUUCUUGAACUACCUUUGUACGAAAGCAAAGAAAUAAUGCAAGAGAUGUUGCUGAAGGCGCUGGAGUAUGGUCAAGGAUUUGGACUUUUUUUUGGGUGUCCUUCUACUGGUCCCAAUGUCAAGGUAGUGCAUUGGGUGAUAGUAGAAGGGGACCUUGAGGCCCCUGGUGGCCUUUUGGAAUGGGAGCCUGAGGUUGGACUUCCCACUCCCAGGAGCUCAUAG